GGAGGGGGCGGGGAUCCGCAGCCGCGCCGGGCGGGCGAAGCGCGGUGCGUGUGCGCGGCCCGGCCCUGGCUCAUUAUUCAGCGGCCGAGGCAGAAGGCGACGGGAGGUGGCUGGGAACAGAAUUUGGAUGAAGCAAUCAACCUAAGUUGCCGUCAUGAGCAGAAGCAAGCGUGACAACAAUUUCUACAGUGUUGAAAUUGGAGAUUCUACAUUCACUGUAUUGAAACGGUAUCAAAACUUAAAACCAAUAGGAUCGGGAGCGCAAGGAAUAGUAUGUGCAGCCUAUGAUGCCAUCCUUGAGCGAAACGUUGCAAUCAAGAAACUAAGCCGACCAUUUCAGAAUCAAACCCAUGCUAAAAGAGCCUACAGAGAGCUUGUUCUUAUGAAGUGCGUUAAUCACAAAAAUAUAAUCGGCUUACUGAAUGUGUUCACACCACAGAAAUCCCUGGAAGAAUUUCAAGAUGUCUACAUAGUAAUGGAGCUCAUGGAUGCAAAUCUCUGCCAAGUGAUUCAGAUGGAGCUAGACCAUGAACGAAUGUCCUAUCUCCUUUAUCAGAUGCUGUGUGGUAUCAAACAUCUUCACUCAGCUGGAAUUAUACAUAGGGACUUAAAGCCCAGUAAUAUAGUAGUAAAGUCAGACUGCACUUUGAAGAUUCUUGACUUUGGACUGGCCAGAACUGCAGGAACUAGUUUUAUGAUGACGCCUUAUGUAGUGACUCGUUACUACAGAGCACCAGAGGUCAUCCUAGGGAUGGGAUACAAAGAAAACGUGGAUUUAUGGUCUGUGGGGUGCAUUAUGGGCGAAAUGGUUUGCCACAAAAUCCUCUUUCCAGGAAGGGACUAUAUUGAUCAAUGGAAUAAAGUUAUAGAGCAGCUAGGAACACCGUGCCCAGAAUUUAUGAAGAAAUUACAGCCCACAGUUCGAACUUAUGUGGAGAACAGACCCAAGUAUGCUGGAUACAGCUUUGAGAAACUCUUUCCAGAUGUCCUUUUCCCAGCUGAUUCUGAACACAACAAACUUAAAGCAAGUCAAGCAAGGGAUUUGUUAUCAAAAAUGCUGGUUAUAGACGCCUCGAAAAGAAUUUCUGUGGAUGAAGCCCUCCAGCACCCAUACAUCAAUGUUUGGUAUGAUCCAUCAGAAGCCGAAGCUCCUCCACCAAAGAUACCAGAUAAGCAGUUAGAUGAGAGGGAGCACACAAUAGAAGAAUGGAAAGAAUUGAUAUACAAAGAAGUCAUGGACCUGGAGGAAAGAACCAAGAAUGGGGUUAUACGUGGGCAGCCAGCCCCUUUAGCACAGGUGCAGCAAUGAUCAAUGGCUCUCAGCAUCCAUCUUCGUCGUCAUCUGUCAACGAUGUGUCUUCAAUGUCAACGGAUCCAACAUUGGCCUCUGAUACAGACAGCAGUCUAGAAACCUCAGCUGGACCUCUGGGUUGCUGUAGAUGACUACUUGGUCUUUUGGGGGGUGGGAGGGGGUUCCUUUUAGUCAUUAAUAGGGCACCUUUAAAAUUUGGUGGUAUUUUUGAGUGUUUUUUCAAAAAUAAUCAUAGAAUUCAUCAUAAAGUGCUGUAAUUUUAAACUGUAAGUUGUGUUAAAAGCAGCCACUUUUUUUGCUGUAAUUAACUGUAAAAUAUUAAACCUGAUAAUUUUUAUUGUGGUUUUAAAAUCUGCAUAUUUGCUUUACUAUUAUGCUGCUGAUCUUUUUUUACUGAAUUUGUAAGAUUUGUUUUAUCAAAGCACAUAUUAAUGUUGUGGUCAUUUACCAUAUCAUGUAUUAUUUAAGAUUUUAUAGGUUUUCAAUUUUUUUAAAUUUAGAAUUUAUUCCAGAUGUUUUGUUCAUGAUAUCCUUCGAAGUUUUAUGCUUGGUCAUAUGUCCAUUGUGAGAGAGUUGGGUGCAGCCAGCUGUAGGCUUUUUGGAGCGUGCUGCUAUGGUGCUGGCAGUGAAUAAUAUGCUCUUUCAUUUUGGCCACUUGCCUAUAAUACUUGAGUAAAAGCAACAAUUACUGAAUUUUGUUAGAGAAACAGUAUACAGUCCUUUGUAAAGUAAUUUCAUUUGAAUAGUUUUAUGAUCUUAAGAAAGCAAAGCCUAUCUUCAAGGCUGCAGAAGCAUCUAGCCUAGCGAAGGGAUGUGAUGUCUUCUGCACAAUUGUGGCAUGCCAAAUCUCGUGAUCACCAUAAAACAAGAGGAUACUUCAUGAAUAAUACAUUACAAUGCAAAUAAACUGUUUACUUCUAGCUUGUAGCCUGUUUUUGUACACAAAACAAAGGUGUAUCCAGGACGUCUAGACUGCCAACAGGGAAAACAAAUACGCUGUAGCUAUACUUCCAUGUAGUGUAUGGUUUUUGGGAGUUUAGUUUCUUACUACUUUUGUCUGCACAGGUGAGUGCUUUCUGGGGAGAAGAGGAAAGGACGUGAAUGCAGUAGGGGCAAAACUUCAGCUAUUCUUUCUCCACCAAAAGUAACUGAUCGCUAAAAACCAUGAAGUGGUAGAAGAACCUCAGGAUUCCUGUAGCUAAUGCAUUAAGUGAGCAAUAUAUGCCAUCCAAAGGAGGGAGAAAUAGUGCUGUAUAAAUUAAUAUAGAUCCCUUUCGUUUCACCAGUGAGACCAGUGUAGCAGAAAUCUUUAAUAAUGGUUCAUUUUAAGUCAUUAAUAUGCAGUAGUUUUCAGCACUGAAGCUCCACGUUUCAAUACGAUUUUUAAACAAAAGAUAUAUUGAAAUAUGUAGAACAGUUACUAAAUACUCAUGUAAAAUGGUGCUGCUCCUCACAGAAGUGUUUUAACUGUUUACAUUUUAUAUUUACAGAAUGAUUUAUGUAUUACUGACUUAAGUUUAUGUAUGAGUUAAACAAUCAUUCAGAAUUUAUUCCUUUGGAAAAUGCAGAUUUUUAGUGAAGCUAGGCUGUGUAAUUGAUUGCCAUGUGUAGAUGCAUAUUUUGUGUAGUGAAUUAGAAUGUAAAGAGGAAUUUAAAUUAGUAAUGCUCACCAAAACGAGCAUAAAAAUCGCGGAAGUCUUGCCAGGCACAGAGCAGAAGCAAAGAAUGUGACUGGCUACAAAGGUCAUCUGGGAAUGACUGAUGCUCUUCAGUGUGGUUCCUUCACUUUGUUGGGUUAAGUCUCUUUUGUGGUUAGAAUGGGAGGAGGGAAAUUCAUCCUUGCAGCAAGUUUCAGAACAGUGUAAGUGACAGUAAUGCUUCCAAUAUCUAAUAUGUCUUUUAAAAAAAAAUGCAGGAUACAAGGAGUGGUAAUGUCUCAAAGAUGACUAAAUUGAUAAACUGCACAGUUGUUUCCCUGGCCUGGCUAGACUGCUGGUAAGUGCUAUUUGUGUGUGUAAUUUUGGUUUCCUCAUUUGUAUGGAAUAUUUCAAUAUUGCCUUUCUAAACCAUGUUUGUUAAGGCAUUUAUUUUUACAGGAUCCUGCCAAAUUGUAUAUUACCUCAGAAUAGGCAGGUCUUAUUUGGAUUUUUCUCGCACUGGAACAUAGAAAAUCUGCUCGAUUUGAACAGAGACCAAUAGAACAGCCUAUUUUGUAAUUUCUUUUUUAAAUCCAAGUUUGAACUGUGAAUUUAGCCAAACUUUUUGGUCAUAGAACAGUACUACUUUGGUAUGUAAGGGUUAACCCGGAGUAUGCAGUUAAGACUGACAAAAUCAACUUCAGAUUCCUGUAGAUGCUAUAAAGAAUGAGUUUUGGUAAAUAUAAUCCCUCUUUUAAUUGAUUUUGGACCUCCUUGGAUUGCAGCGAUGACUGAAAUAUUUGGAAACUUUUCAGUAAUUUUUGCUGUCACUUUCCAGUAUCCUAAAGAAAAAUUGCUUUAAAAUGCAUAAUGAGUGAAUCUGACCAUUAUUUUCUUCUUUCAACAUAAAUAGGCUGAGUCUAAUAUUACCACAGCAAGCAAUCAAUAGUAACUUCAUUUUGCUCAUAAUCUCUAAGAAUUGAGUUUUUCUUUUAAUGUAGUGUUGAUGAAUGGCUGGGACUGUCUUCUGCAACCCAUUGCAGUAUGAAGUGAGCCAUGUUUAAAGUGAUUAUUUCACCAAGGUCAGAGCUCUGGAUGCUGGAACCUAUAGUCCACUUCUAGCAUCAUCUUCAUAGCAAUGUUACUUUCUUCUUUUCUUCCAGUUGAUUGCAUUUUAGGCAAAUUUAAAACACAAGUGAAUCAGAUUCUCAGUAACUGAGUUAUUGCAGCAGUAGACAAGUCUUAGCUCUUUUUAUUUGUUGAAAUACAAAAUGAUUUCAGAGAUCGUUGUACACUGCCACAAAUAGCAAACAAAGGUAUUGAGUGCAACUGUUUUUGUAUAUUCUAUUGCCAGCUAAUAUGCUAUCUAAUACACUGUAAAAAUUUAUUCCUGAAAUAAUAAGCUUUAUUUUAGUAUACAAUUUCAAAAUCUUUUAAUGACAACGGGCUUUACUAAAGUGCAUGCAAUGUUCCAUUUCUAGGGCUGUUCCAACCCAGUGGAGUUGGUAGGGAUUGAAUUACAGUGAGCUGUGUCUGAUUUCAUGUCAGGUGAGCUUAAAAAUUGGGCAGUAAUAACAUUAAUUCCCACCUCCUGUGGCCAGAGCUGUGGCAGGCUUCAAGAAGAGAAAAGCUCCUCUCCCUUUGCAGAAGUAGGUUCCUCAGGGUUUUUAAAAAGAUGGAAAGGUACGGGAGGAAAGAUUAAUACUGUUACUGUGUGUUGUAUCUCUGCUCUGUGAUGUCUUUUGAUCUGUGAUGUCUUUUGUUGAAGGUAGAUGGGGUCAGAACUGGGAUUGGUGUGUGUUAGUGGGGGGAGAGGGAUGGGGGGGGGGGCGGGGGCUGGUUUAGAAGUUCAACAAUUUGGUUUAGAAAAACCUGACUAUACUGUACGUAUAGUAGUAUCUUUCUGGGUGAGAAUUCCAGCUAGAUACAAAGAUAAUGUUAGCAUAAAACUGGUAAGCCUUCCUGCCCCACGCACGUGCAGAAUCAUGUGUGUGUGAAUUUAAGAGGAGGUAGUGAGCUGGAAAUGAGACGGUUAUGGCAAUAGCACCCUCUGCUGUUUCAGUGUAGAAGCAGAAUGUUUGCAUUACAGAAAAUUGCUUCUCUGAACGUAAAAGCUAUUCUGUUAGAAAGCAAAAACUCAGCACCUUGACUGACAUUUUGGAUUUAUAAUGCUUCAGCAUUAAUACAUAUGGCAUUAAUCUCAACACUGCAUAAAGAUCAUCAAAGAGCUACUACAGGCACAUAGUUCCUGACCAACCAGGAGUCCAGUAUUUGCUGUUAGCAGCAGCUUGUUCACAUUGUUGUAUUUCAUUUGCUUGUUAAAUUUUUGGUUCGUCUGUCCGGAUGUAGCUGGAGGACUGGAGCUGAAAGAGAGCAGUCUGCAUAGGAUUAGAAAGAGUUUUAAUGGGAAUCUGUGAUGAGACUCUACUGCCUACCUAAAUUUUCAAAGUGUUUUGUUCAUCUUUAGUUAUGGGCACUGGAUUAAAGAAGUGAUAUUUUGGUUGAUCUCUUUUACUCCCUAACGCAGAUCUCUCUUCUCUAUAGAUGUGUUAUAAAUCAGAUAAUAUUGUUUCCACUUUUGCCGUUAAAAUUUUAAGCAAGGUUUUCUUGAUCUACCUCACACAAACCAUCUACGUUUCUAAGUAAGGAAAGCUAACCCUUGCUAUUGGAACUACACUGAAUGUGAAAUAGAGAAAUACACUUCCUUUAGAAAAAUGAACCUUUGGGCCAAUGUUGAGACAAUAUCAGUAGUUAUGUUUCUUAUAUAUUUCACGUAAGAUGUUCAUGUGUAAUAUAUAGCUUGUGUACAAUAAUGUACAUCUAGAAUAUUGUGUUAGUUGUAAAUUGGUGAUUUUAUUAUUGUAGUCUGGUUUUGUAGGUAAAAAUAGCUUACUAGUAAUGUCAGCUCAUCCUUUACAUUUUACAAAAGGAAUAAUUCUUGGUAAGCUUUGCAUACAGAUGAAUUACUUUUGUAGGCCCAAUAUCUAGUCUAUUUUUGAGAGUUCUUUAACUUUUAUUACUAAAGUUGAGAAAGGAAAAAAACCACCUUAAUGAUUGUGAUCAUCCCUUCUGCCCCUUUUAAAGUAUAUUCUUAAUUUUGUUUUGUCCCAGGAGAUGCUAAGGGGAAGAUACGUCAUGAAAAAUAUUGGGAGAGUUAUUUUUCUUCUUCCCUACAUUUGAUACCUUUCCUGUUUUUCCUUUAUUCCCUCCAAAUAAGCUGUUGGUGGGGCAUUACUGAAAGCAUUGUGUUUUUUUCAAUCAUUCAUGCCAUAGGUCAUUACAUGUGCACCACUGGAAUGUAUACAUUGUUAUCUAGUAUGUUAAUUGGUUAUAAUGAUAUUUUAAAUAAAAAAGGGGAAAAAAAAAGCUUGA